AGGACCUACUGCUCACGCCGCCACCAUGGUGAUGUCCCAGGGCACCUACACGUUCCUCACGUGCUUCGCCGGCUUCUGGCUCAUCUGGGGUCUCAUUGUCCUGCUCUGCUGCUUCUGCAGCUUCCUGCGCCGCCGUCUCAAACGGCGCCAGGAGGAGCGACUGCGCGAGCAGAACCUGCGCGCCCUAGAGCUGGAGCCUCUGGAGCUCGAGGGCAGCAUGGCCGGGAGUCCCCCGGGCCUGGCGCCGCCGCCACCACCGCACCGCAGCCGCCUGGAGGCGCCGGCGCACGCGCAUCCGCACGUGCAUGUGCACCCCCUGCUGCACCACGGGUCAGUGCAGCCGCACACGCACCCGCACCCGCACCACCACGCUCUGCCGCACCCGCCGCCGCCGCCGCACCUCUCCGUGCCGCCCCGGCCCUGGAGCUACCCGCGUCAAGCGGAAUCGGACAUGUCCAAGCCGCCAUGUUAUGAAGAGGCGGUGCUGAUGGCAGAGCCGCCGCCGCCCUACAGCGAGGUGCUCACGGACACGCGCGGCCUCUACCGCAAGAUCGUUACGCCCUUUCUGAGCCGCCGCGAUAGCGCGGAGAAACAGGAACAGCCGCCGCCCAGCUACAAGCCGCUCUUCUUGGACCGGGGCUACACCUCGGCGCUGCACCUGUCCAGCGCCCCAAGGCCCGCAGCGCCCUGCCCCGCCCUCUGUCUGCAGGCCGACCGUAGCCGCCGGGUCUUCCCCAGCUGGACCGACUCAGAGCUCAGCAGUCGUGAGCCCCUGGAGCACGGAGCUUGGCGCCUGCCGGUCUCCAUCCCCUUGUUCGGGAGGACUACAGCCGUAUAGAGGGGCGCCCGGCGUCCUGGGCCCCACCGGCAAACUCCUGGCCUGACUGUGGGGCUUUUUAAAUGCUUCCCUUGGACUGCGGGGGAGGGGGGAGGGAGGGAUUUCUUACCCCGUUUGUUACAUUUUGAGGAUAAUAAAGGUGUGUGAUCUGCUUUGGUACAAGCGGAGGGG